CUCGCCGUCGCUCAUUGAUGCGCUCGCGCCCACUCGGAGCGCCAGGACGCACGGCCGCUGGAGCCGCCGCCGCCGCCGAAGCCGCCCGCUCGCCGCCGCGUCGUUGUUUACCCCUGGCCGGGCCGUCCGUCGCCGAGCGCACGUGCUCCUGCUCCGGUCUGCCGGGACCGUUACUCGCGGCCGCGCCACACGCCGGCGCGUGCCGACUUGACCUCCAUCACUACUGGAUGCCUGGCCACUGCCGUCUGGUGCUGCACUGAGCCGGGCGCCAACGCCUCACCUGGAGCGUGCCGUGACAGCGCACGAGAAGGAGCAGCGUGCGGUCCGAGAAAAACACUCAAGCUAUGCCGUGGUUGGCGCUGCUUGUGUGCCUUCUGCUGCGUGGGGAAGCCGCCGUGGCGGUGGACCUGCGGCGGCAAUCGUCACCGUCCAGGCCGGAGUCGCAGAGGCCCUUCCACUUCGCUAAGCACAGGCCGGAAAUCUUCUACGAUAACAACGUGGUACCUGAGAACGGAGAGGUCAGCGUGUUCGUCUUCAAGGAUCAAAUAAGAAGGGUGUUCUUCCUGGUGGAGAAGGAGCGCAAUUCGCUGCUGCUGACAGCGAGUCCCUGCUCGGCGCCUAUCGAGUGGCACAUCUUCAGGAAGCCCCUGGCGCCGUCCGACUACUCCGAGGAAUCCAACGAAUCACGGGAUCCAUCGGCGCUGCUGUACCGGGACGACGGAGCGUCGACAGAGCCGGUAGUCGGCGGUUCGUUCUAUGGCCGAGGCCGGCUCAGCUUCUCGAGACGUGAUGCACCCAGAGGAGUGUACAUGCUGGAGUUUGACUCGGACUCGGCCGACACCAGAGUGCGCGUGUACGGUACCUCGGACGCUGACACCCACUACCCAUUCCCACUGCUGCCAAUCAAGCCUAAAGUGGAUGUGUUACAGGUACGCAACGGCCGUGUGCUGUUCACGUGGAAGCCAAGCCCGUCUGAAAGCUCAGCGCAUCAGGACGUGCAGUACUGUGUGGCGGCCAACCGCAAGGAGAACUUCCACACGAAGUGCGCCGUUGACAGCGCCCUGCGAGGCGACGUACCCAGUCCGCCCCAUCCUGAUUCGGGCUUCGGCUUUUGGUGGGAAAAGGCAGCCCGCCGCAAACUAGCUCUCAGAUCGCGCGAGAUACAGCGCGCCGUCCGGCCACAGCGCGACGUGGUCUUCGAGUGCGUAGGCCGUAGGACUUGGCACAGCUUCGCCGACCUCGAAGUCGACCAGAGGUACUUCAUCGACGUGUUCGCGAUCAACGGAAAAACGAACUCUAGUACGGCUUACCCGGGAACCAGCGUUGUCGCCAGGAGCGUGGGAAACCAGCGUAUCCAGGACAACCAGCUUGUCCGCAUUGUGCUCGACCAGCGGGACAACUUUGCCCACGUAGCCAAAUACUCGGUGAAUGCCAACGUGCCAACAAUGUGGUUGUUCGUCCAGUCUUGUUCGGGCCCUGGUCCGAUACAGCUCUCAGUCACGUUGCGCAAAGCCAAGGUGCUCACCGCAGAGGUAAUGGACACCAGGACGCUGACCCUGAACCACCCGUCGAACGGAACGUACAUCAUUAAGGUAUCGUCGACGGUCCCCCAGUUACGCAGAGUUCACCUUCUCGUUAGCAAGAAGUACCACAAAUUUCCGUUUCCCACGUUGCCAGACGAUAGUGGCGUAAAAGUGAUGGGCUCUUUGACCACCUGCAACUCCGUCACACUUGCCUGGAAGGCCGCUCUCGAUGAGAAAGUUCGCUACUGCAUCUUCAAGCAAGAGGUUCGUGGAAGUUAUUCGGGUGUAUUCGCCAGACCGCAGGACUUCUGUGACGAGACCAAAUUGGCGGAGAAGAGUGGUAAGGUGAGCUGUCGCCGCUACCACCGCUUCAGCAAGCACCGUUUCCAAAACGUCAUCAUGCAGAAGAUUAGAAAGCUACAGUCGGACACGACAUACGUUUUCGAAGUUCUCGUGACAAAGGCCCGAGGUCGAACGCUAGCAUACGAGAAAGUUUGGGCCACAACGCACAGAAGCUGUAGUCCGUCCUAUAGGAAGGGAAAGCGAUGAAUAAUGCGGCGUUCCUCGUCACAAAAGAAGAAAAAAAAUACUUGCGCGGCCGGCAAGGUUGUGCUGAAACACUGUGUACAAUGGCAGACUGUGGUAAUCUGCCUGUGGACUGAGGCAGUGUCCGUUAUCACAGUGAUCAAGUAAGGCAGGUGAAAUAGGCGCGUGAAAGACUAAUUUCGAUACCACAACACCAUUGCUUGGUUCUCAACGCGUUAUGUUCGUACAACGCUGUAGUACCACGCUUCUGCGAGUGCAAAGUGGCAAUAAUAGGCGAUACAAGGCGUGUAAACUCACUGCCACCUCAAAAAAAAAUCCACAAAAAAAUGAAAAACGAAGGUCCUCUCCUGCUCACCGUGACCACGUGGUUGGUCGGUAUGUGCAGAGCUCACUGUCUCAUGCCAGCUUUGAGCGUUGCUCUGAAACGCGCCAGUGUCUGUAAAGGCUCUGCUAUAGCUCUUGAUGCUGUGGUAGAGCGAUGAGUCAGCCCCCGUGUUUAAGAAUGCAGUAUUUACUGUUGUUCAGAGUUUGACUAUUUCGAUAGCGUCCCACCAGUUUAACUCCUACUUAAAGGACGUUGAAUUAAGUAUAUAGAGGCAGGAGUGCGGACAGGUUAUGUGAUUGCUAAACUGUUCCAUUUUGUUACUUGUUGCAAUGGCUAACGUUUAUGCACAUCAUUUUAUUCAUUAUAAAUAUCCUCGCAGCCAUUGCGCGUCGAACAUUUAUUCAAGGUUAAGAAACUAUCCCUGCUUUUAAUAUUUUUAAUAUAAAGUGAUAUUAUAACGUAAAAAAGUUGUGUGUAUGUACCGGAUAAAUAAUACUGACGUGAAGUCUGGCACUCUGCUUAGGCCAUUUCAUUCUCCUCUCUAAGGUCGUGUGUGACAACUCAGCAGGCGCACGUACUUUCAGUAAAUCUGUGCUCAGGUGCCAAGUCUUUCGCAAGGGCUCGUCUUUAAUGGUUGCAUUUAUGUGUUUACAAGCGUAUAUAUACUUAGGUGUACCCGCUUGUUUUCAAUAAAAUGACGGUUUACCCGCUUCUGCGCACGGAAGCUAUAGGAGAUUCAAAAGCGAAACUAGCACCAUGGCUUGCCGCGUUUCGUGCUAGGAAGCGCAACAAUGCAUUUAUACUCCGUAAAAUAUUCAUAUUUCUUUCAUCUGUUUUCAUUACAAUGCAUAGCAUAUGUCCGCCUGCGUCGCGUCAUCCAUAUUACAGCUGCGGACUGUGGGUACCACACUCCAACGCCUCAGUUGCGGAGUUCACACAAGCAUGUCCACUCACAUAUUAUAAAAUCAAGUCUCUCGACAUCGUGCCUGGAACGCUUCCUUCUCAAUGUUCACAUUCAGAGUUUACGACUACAAUGUGAACUUGACGUUGUAUUUUUCACUGAGGCUUCCAGCUUGUCGUCUUCUUUUUUUCGUUGUUCAUCGUCGCUGAUCCUUCUCUCGUGCCUCGACCAACAACAUAUGUCGUCUGAAGACCAAAUGGCGGACAGCGACACAUCUCCGAGCCAUUCGCUUCACCUGUGUUGUCUUCAUCAUCGGAAUCACCGACGGGCCUACACAUGAACAAUGUUCUCCACGAGUAGCUGUGCGAUUGCACGUUGAACUGUGUAUCGUGAAGUCGGUAGCAUCGACCGCCAUUAAUGAACUAUUUGCUACGCAAGAAGCAAGGAACUGUGUCCAUUGUCUUCGCUGAUCUUUAAGCUUGAUGCUCGGGACGUAGAGAUUUUGCGCUAGUCAAAUACAUGCCAAGGGUACACUCCCGGAA